AAUCUCCUUCUUUUAUAAAUAUAGAGUAAAAGAUCUCUUAAUCACUAUCAAUUAAAUAUAGUAUCAAUACUCUACCCAAUAUGUCAUUAGACGAAGAAAUCCCCGCUGUUUUUUUGGACAAACUUUCGCCAAAAGGGUUGGCAGCUAUCAAGGCUACCAAGAAGUUUGUGGAGGAAUAUUGUCUUCCUGCCGAUGAAAUCUAUUUCAAACAAGUUUCUGAAGAUCCUUCCAAGAGAUGGAAGUCAACUCCAGAGAUAACCGAACAUCUUAAGAAGAAAGCCCGUGAACUCGGGCUUUGGAACAUGUUUUUGUCCAAGCAUUAUCCCGAGGGCCCUGGAUUCACCAACUUGGAAUAUGGUCUCAUGGCUGGAUACUUGGGGAGAUCAUUUGUAGCCCCAGAAGCUACCAAUACCAAUGCUCCAGAUACUGGUAACAUGGAGCUCUUUGCCAAAUAUGGUACCCCAUAUCAAAAGAAGAAAUGGUUACAUCCACUUUUAGAAGGUAACAUCCGUUCUGCCUUCCUCAUGACCGAACGUGGAACUUCAUCAUCCAAUGCGUUGAACAUUUCUUGUACCGCUCUCAAGAAUUCCCGUGGUAACUAUGUUCUUAAUGGUGUCAAGUGGUUUGCCUCUGGAGCUGGAGAUCCACGGACUUCAGUAUGGCUUGUCAUGUGUAAGACCAAAGACGACAAGAAAAAUUUGUACCGUAAUCAUACUGUUUUGGCACUUGAUGCGAAAAAGGCUUUGGAUUCUGGAAAGGCAAAGCUUAUUCGUCCACUUGGAGUAUUUGGAUAUGAUGAUGCUCCUCAUGGACAUUGUGAAAUUGAAUUCAAUGAUUAUGAGGUUUCCCUGGAAGAAAUGCCUAAUGUUGUACUUUCAUCUGAAGGGUCAGGUUUUGAACUCAUUCAAUCACGUCUUGGUCCUGGUCGUAUCCAUCAUUGUAUGAGACUUAUUGGAGCUGCAGAAUUUGCUCUUUUAAGAGUGGUUCAAAGAGCAAACCAUAGAAUUAUCUUUGGCAAGCCUAUGAAAGUCAGAGAGUCAUUUAUAACUGCAUUUGCACAACGUAAGAUUAACAUUCAACGUUGUAGAUUGUUGGUUUUGAAUGCAGCUCAUAAGAUUGAUAUUUCUAAUGCCAAGGCUGCACAAAAGGAAAUUGCUAUGGCCAAAAUUGAAACUCCUAGAACUGUAGUUGAGAUUUUGGAUUGGGGUAUUCAAAUGUAUGGAGCUGAAGGGGUUUCACAAGAUACUGAAUUGGCUAAAAUGUACGCCCAUGCGAGAACUUUGCGUAUUGCUGAUGGACCUGAUGAAGCUCAUUUGAAUCAAUUAGGAAGAGCUUAUUUGAAGUAUUUCAAUGAUGUUGAUCAAUUUUUCGAAGACCAUAAGGCUAACUUUGAGAAGUUAUCUAAAUUAUAAAUGAAUUAGUUUAAAUAAAAUAGGAAUGAUAUUUAUCUGUAAGAUUGAGUGGCUGCGAAUGGGUAGA